AUGGCAUCUCCAACACCUUUUGAGCUUUCAAUUAUCCAUUUUUCUGAGGAAAAUUUGAAGCCCAACACAAGUUCAUGGAUUGCAGCAUGCAAAGAUGUUCGCCUUGCACUUGAAGAAUAUGGAUUUUUCGUGGCAAAAUAUGAUAAAUUUUCCUCUGAACUUGACAAAAAUGUUUUUGAUGCUGUACAAGAAUUAUUUGAUCUUCCCUUAGAGACCAAAGCUCGAAACACUUCGGAUUUGACGUUCUAUGGUUAUGUUGGACAACUGCCUCAUGCUCCCCUCCACGAAAGCAUGGGAAUUCCUGAUGCAACGACCAUCGAUGGAGUUCAAUGUUUUGCGGAUCUCAUGUGGCCUUCUGGAAACCAGCAAUUCUCUGACACCGUACUGUCUUAUGCGAGACAAAUAUCAGAACUCGAGCAAACGGUGGACAAAAUGAUGUUUGAAAGCUAUGGUACACAAAAACACUAUGAAUCCCAUGUCGAAUCAACAACAUAUCUUCUAAGACCCAUAAAAUAUUCAGCACCAGACAAGAACAUAAGCAACAAUAUUGGUACAAAUAUUCACACAGACAAGAGUUUCCUGAGCAUACUUCAUCAAAAUGAAGUUAAUGGAUUGGAAGUGCAGCUCAGAAAUGGAGAGUGGAUUACUGUUGAUGUACCUCCUGCGUCAUUUGUUGUCAUGUCAGGGGAUGCUUAUCAAGCAUGGAGCAAUGGGAGAAUACAUGCAGCCAAGCAUCGAGUUAUUAUGAAAGGGGACAGGGAACGAUAUUGUCUUGCAUUAUUCUCAUUCAAUCACGGAACUACAAAUAUUCCUGAAGAGCUUGUGGAUUCGGAUCAUCCAUUGCAAUUCAGUCCAUUCGACAAUUUCGGGUUGGCCCGGUUCUACCUCAGUGGAGCGACCCAGAUGACUGAGAGCAGUGCAAAAGCCUAUUGUGGUGUCACUUCUUGA